UCUGGUCGAGGCUGUCUAAAAAGCCACCGUCGCGUUCACGCUAUUGUCAUUCAAGACGAUCCAAAGUCGACACUAAUUUAAAUGCGGACGUUUACUAAUGUCUAUCAAUUUGUGUUACUCUCUUUACUGUGCAUCCUUCAAUAUUACCGAUGCCUUUCCUCGGAUUUCAAAAACGCUGCAGAUCCAACCUCGAUAAUCGGGAAUCGGGAAUGGCAGGCACUACAUCCUCGGCAUCAGAACCUGUUCCGAUUUCCGGAAAGCAUUUUCCAUCCGUACUUUCGCGAGAAACGAUUUAUCAAUCUGGGUGCCGGUAAUUUAAAUAAACAGAAAACCUAUCAAGCUUGCAUCGCGCCGCGCAAUCAGAGCGGUCACUGCAAACAUUUCAGCGGAUGCGUCCUUGAAGAGUUCCGCUCGAACUCUGCGCGAUUUAUGGAUUAUAUGUGCAUAAUUGAACAGACGUACAUCGGUGUGUGUUGUCCGGAUAGCGUCGUGACAGCCCGAUCGGAUAAAACCUUCGACGAUGAUUUAGCCAGCAUGUUACCAGCGAUAGCAAAUCUCGACGACGACAAGGAAGAGUGGGACGAAAGCGAGGACGAAAAUGGGCCAUCUGUCAAGGACGCAAUUUCGCGGAAAAACGCGACUUUGGACGAUAUUAAAGAACCGACGAGAAAAGCACGAAGACCGAGAGGAUGCGGCACGACUACAAAAACGAAGAUUAGAAUCGCGGGUGGUCAGCCGGCUGAUCCUAAAGAAUGGCCAUGGAUGGCGGCUCUUCUUCGGCAAGACGCGAUUCAGUAUUGUGGGGGUGUACUGAUCACCGAUAGGCAUGUUCUUACCGCGGCGCAUUGUGUUUACAGGUACAAACCGCGUGACAUCACGGUGAGACUCGGCGAGUACGAUUUUACCAAAUCCGAGGAAACGCGUGCAUUGGAUUUCAUGGUUUCGGAGAUACGAAUACACAGGGAUUUCAAAUUGAACACUUACGAGAACGACAUCGCCAUUAUUAAGAUCAAUCGACCCACUGCGUUUAAUAGCUACAUCUGGCCCAUUUGCCUCCCGCCCGUUCAACAAUCCUUCGAGAACAAAAACGCCAUCGUCACAGGAUGGGGCACGCAAUAUUACGGAGGACCCGCUAGUACAGUGUUGAUGGAAACCUCAGUGCCGGUAUGGCCUCAGGAAAGAUGCGUUCGCAGCUUCACGCAACGGAUCCCGAAUACUACAUUGUGCGCCGGCGCUUAUGAGGGUGGUCGCGACGCCUGUCAAGGUGACUCGGGCGGCCCGUUGUUGCAUCAACUCGGCAACGGCAGGUGGGUCAACAUCGGAAUAGUAUCCUGGGGAAUCCGUUGCGGUGAACCUGGAUUCCCGGGGAUAUACACCCGCGUGAGCUCUUACCUCGAUUGGAUAUUCGCGAACGCAGUAUUUUGAACGUCACGCGAUAUUGCCGCUCUCUCUCUCUCUCUCUCCCGCUCUUUCUCCCGCUGCUCUCUCGUACCAAAGAUUUUCUAUCUUUUUAUAUCCAAUGAUUAUUUUCAUCGCGUUUUUAUGUAUGACGUGUCCAAUAAAAACUGUCUAAUAAAAUAA